AUGAAUCAACAAGCAAAUAAGAUUAACUACGAAUAAUAUUUAGAAUAAUAAUAUGAAUUUCUUAUUACUGAAUUAUAGACAGAUUACAGUAAGCUAAAUUAAUAGCUAACAGCAGAAAAAAGAAUAUGCACAAAUCUAACUGAUUAAAUUGAAAACCUUAAAUCUUAAUUAUCUCAACAAUAAGAGAAAACAAACAAUCUUAAAAAGCAAUCUGAAGACUAAAUAAAGACUCUCAAUGAGUAAAUUAUUAAUAUAAAUAAUCUACUCGUGCUAGAAAAAGAAAAAGCAAGCAAUAUGAAAAAACAAUCCGAAGACUAAAAAAAAACUCUCACUGAGUAAAUUUCUAAAACAAAUGAGCUACUCAAGUUAGAAAAAGAGAAAGUGAGCAAUCUAAUAAAGCAAUCUGAAGACUAAAAAAAAACUUUGACUGAGUAAAUUACUAAGGCUGAUAACCUACUCAUAUUAGAAAAAGAGAAAGUAAGUAAUUUGACAAAGCAAUCUGAAGACUAAAAAAAAACUUUCACUGAUUAGAUUUCUAAAGCAAAUGAGCUACUCAUGUUAGAAAAAGUGAAAGUAAGUAAUCUGACAAAGUAAUCAGAAGACUAAAUAAUAGCUCUUAAUGAAUAAAUUACUCAAGUAAAUAAACUACUUGUGUUAGAAUAAGAGAAAGUCGUUAAUAUGACGAAAGAAUUUAAGGAUAAAAAGACAAAUCUAAAGUAAACUCUGUAAACAACUCAAUAGGAAUUAGAAGUUGUAAAAUCUGAAAAAAAUACCAUUCUUGAGAAAAAUAAAAAAACAGAAGAAUAAUAAGUUCACUUAAUAAAUCAGUUGAAACAUUUAAAUGAAGAAUUAAAGAAAUAAUUAUAGGAGAUGACAUAGAAUCUAAAAGAAAAAAAUGAAAAAUUAAAUUUAGCUGAUAAAUAAUUAUUAAAUUAUAAUGAAGAAAUCUUAUUCCUAAAAUAAAAAUAAACAAAAAUCAUAAAUGCAUUAAAGAAAAAAUAGUAGAGUUAUUAGCACCUUUAACAAAAUUAUAAUGAUGAAUAAAGUUAAAAUAAAUAACUUUAAUCCACAUUAGAUGAUUUUUUAAGAAAACAAAAUGAGUUUAAAUAAGAAAUCAUAGAAUUGUAAGAAUAAAUUCAAGGAAUAACAGAAUAAAAGCAAUUAUUAUAGAAUCAACUUUAGGUAGUAUCUGGAGAACGACAAAGCAUCUAACAAUUCUAAAUUACUUCUUACGACUAGUAAAUAAACUUAACCCAUCUCUUUAUGGAUAAACCAAAAAUCUAAGAUUUUUUCAGCUUUUAAUAUGAAGAAAGCAUGUAAGACAUAACAGUAAGCUUAUUAUCAUACUAAAAAGGAUCAUCCUACAUCCUAAGCUAAAUAUUAGAAAAGAAUAUUACAAAAAAAAAAAAUAAUGACAAUAACUUAUUCAUCCAUAAUCACAAAGUUAAUGAAUAUCUAAGUUCGCGAUUUCUUAACACUAAAAAAAUGGGAUUACCAAUUACUUGCUAUAAAAAAAAUGAAAACAAUAACUCAUAAUAAUUAACUAAAAAUAAAUAUUUUGAUGAAUAAGAAAAAAAAAAUCAAUAAAUGAUUCAAAAUUUCUUAAUUGAUUUGGUGUCAAAUAUAAGUGAUGUCUAAAUCCUUGUAGUAAAUGAAGUUACUGAGCAAGAAUAAAAUUUGAUAGCAAGACUUAAAUCAGAUUUUUUGCAAAAUAAGUAUGUUAAGGAUGAUAAAUAACUUAUUGUCAUUCAUUUACUUACAGAGUAUAAUGAAGAAUAGCUUGAAGAAUAUUCUCAAAAAAUCCAAGGUUUCUUUAAACUAACUGAAAAACAACAGUAAAACUAUAAGUACUUCAAAGAUCAAGAUUAUAAAAGUAUAUCUCAUUUUAUCAUAGGUAAUGAAUAUCUAUAGGAAAAAGAAAAGUACUUUACUUUUCCAAUCAAUAAAAUAAAGUCGAUCAUUUUCGAAGAAAUGAUCAUUGAUGGAUACUCUAUUUAUGAUAGAAUUUAGGAAUUCUUAAACAAAUAUUACACCUUCUAUGUUCAAAUCUCUCAUAAAUAAAAUUUUACCAAGAGCAAAUAGUAGGGGUAAUAAUGCUCACAAUAAAAUGAUAUAAAUCAAAAAAUAUUUAAUUCAAAAUAUAAUGAUUAACAUAACAUUUGUGAAAGGGAUUAAAUGAAAUUAUUUAUUCAAAGUGAAAACGAUUUGAUUCUGAAUGAUGAAUUAUAUGAUUUUUUGGAAGUCAAAAAUUACAAUUAUAAACUUCAAAAGAAAACUAUAACAGAAGUAAAUUACAAUCUAAAUCUCUCGAAUGAUGAAUAAUAGCUUUAAGUAAAAAUCGAAAUUCCUGCUAAAGUCUAAUAAGUAGAAAUUGAAUUGAGUGUCAAUACUAAUAAGCUGCUAAUUUUUGCCUAAAAAUCAAUACCCAAUAGUAGUAAGUGUUAGUAAAUAAUGUAUUAACUUCAAAAUCAUAUUUUCGAGUACUACGAACUAUUUAAAGAAAAACAUUUUGAAAAUAAAGAUGGUGUUUAUAUUAUCACUCUAAAAAGAUUAGAAAAGUAUAAGUAAUCUAAACUUGCCUAAUUAUGUAGGAACAUUGAAUCUUUUUAUUAGCUAAACUAGUUUGAUUUUAAUUGUUGA